AAAAUUUUACAAAUCCAAAAAAAAAUUCUCUCACUCCCCUUUCCCCCCUCUCUCUCCCAAUUUUCAAGUCUCAACCCUUCCAACUUCCUCCCCCUUAAAACCCAAAAAAAUUUCCAUCCCUCCAAUAAAUUCACAAAUUCACAAAAUCCCUAAUUUUUAACCCAAUUUUUUUGGGGGCCCUUGAAAAAUAAACACAAGUAGGGUAAAAAAAGAGAAGGAAAAGGUCAAGAAAGUCUCUCAAAUUCCCCUAAUUUUCUCUGGGUUUGAAAUCGAAAAUCCAUGGCAGGGUGGUCGAAAUUAGAAGGAUGUAAAUCGUUUCUGAACUUUGAAUCAUCGUAUGAUUCGUUAAGAAGUGAAGAAAAUGAGCUGAAAAGUUCGUUUGUUGAGUUGAUAUCGGUUUUUAUUGAAGAGAAUUGUUCUAGUAAACGAUUUCGUCCUUUACCUCCAAUGCUUGGAAAUGGGCAUUCUGUAGAUUUGCUUAAAUUGUAUUUUGUUGUGAAGUUCAAAGGUGGGUUUGAGUCUGUUACAAGAAAAAAGUUGUGGGAUGAGGUGGGUUUGCUCUAUGGGUUGGGUCCUGGAUUUGGGUCUGCGUUUAAAUUGAUUUACUUGAAGUAUUUGGAUUCAUUGGAAAGUUGGUUAGUGAAGUUACCGAGCAGCGAGAGCUCGAAGAGUGACCAGUUUAGUAGUGGUGCGUGGUCGAAGGGAGUGUUGAUGGCAUUAGGGUCGGAGUAUAAUAGUUUUGUGGCUAAUAUGAUGGAUGAGAUGAGGAAGAAUGAUGAUUCUUAUUGCUUGAAAGAGGAGAAGAGUGAUAUCAGUUUCAUUGACUUAACGGAGGAGAACAAUGUGGAUGAGAAGCUGAAUUGGAAUAAGUUCGUUAGGGAAUUUGAUGAUGAUGGGGAUUCCGCUGAAGAGAAUGAGGAGUCGGUGAAGUUGAAGCAGGAGGUUGAGAUGAAUCUUGUUGAUGGUGGUGUUGGUUUCACAGGGGAGAACCAUGAGGAAACCAUUAAGCAAACCAAGAGUGAGAUGAGUUAUGCAGGUUUUAUUUCUUCAGAUAUGUCUGAUGAUGGAAGGUCUUCAGUUGGUCCGGUUGUGGCUGAUAAUGUGGUCAAGAGUUCUGAGAAUUCGUGUGACUCUAAGAAAUGUUCGACUGAAGAUGAGGAGUUGAUAAUGGAUUCAAGCGUGUUGAAGGAGGUUUCGAGUCUCAAGAGAAAGCGGGGUGGUCUAUCAUCAAUGCUUUGUUGGAUGGCUAAAGUUGCUAGAAAUCCUACUGAUAUGGAGGUCGGCACGAUUCCUGAAAGCUUUAGGUGGGCUUCGUAUGCAAAUGACAACUGCUGGAAGCAAGUUUUGUUGGCCCGAGAAGCUCUGUUCCUGAAAAAGAGCACUCAGCAAUCUAUCUAUCAGAAAAAGCAGAAAAUGCAUCCAUCCAUGUUUGAUGAUGAGAGACCAAGAUUUAGCCCAAGACUCCUUUUCGAAAAGCUUCCAACCGCUCCUCCAUUUGAGCCAUCAUCCAUAAAUCUAGGGCGUCCAAGGCAACGGUUGGAGGCUCGACUUGACAUGCAACCAACCGCUUCCAUCUACACAAGUCGUCCACAACAGAGAAUCCCUAUUGGAUCAGAUUUCCAGGCUGAGGUUCCGGAAUGGACAGGAGUGGUUGCCGAAAGUGACUCCAAAUGGUUGGGUAUUCAAAAUUGGCCCUUGGAAGAGAGAGAAAACACUCUUUUGAUUGAAGAAGAUUCUGCUGGGAAGGGAAGGGUAGAAAAAUGUGGGUGUCUGUUUUCUGGAACCACUGCGUGCGUGAAGUUUCAUGUUGCUAGGAGAAGAAUGGAGAUGAAGUUUGAAUUAGGUUCUGCAUUUUAUACUUGGAAAUUUGAUAAGAUGGGCGAAGAAUGUAGCGUUUCCUGGACCGCUGAGGAAGAGAAAAUAUUCAAGUCUGUGGUGAAGGAGAAUCCUCAAUCUGGGCAGAAGUGUUUUUGGAGACAAAUGUGUGAGGUUUUACCCAAAAAAAGCUGGGUAGACCAGGUGAACUACUAUUUUAAUGUCUUUGUUCUUCAACGUAGAGCCUUCCAGAAUCGAAACACCCCCAGGAACAUUGAUAGUGAUGAUGAUGAAACGGAAUAUCAUGGUUCGGCAACUAACACUGUCACACGGCGCUGAAACCGGGCUACUUCUCUUAUUUUUGUUUGCUGUUUAUGAACUAUGCCUCGGCACUCUUUGAUCAUCCAUCUACGUCUGCACAUACCACCACAGUUUUGAUACAGUGAAGUCCGUUGUGAAUUACUCCUUUAAGUUGGCAGGUAUACCUUUUGAUGAUGCAAAUUCAUUUAGCUGUUUUUUUGGGGGAACAUGUGUUUAUUUCCUAAGAACUAUAGAGUUCCAGAUCCUGAAUUUCUAGUUGUAUAUAAACACCUUCAUGACUGUCAUUGCUACGUCAUGACUCAUGAUAGCAAAUCUUUUCAAGGAAAGACAAAUUGGGUUGCAGAUUUGUGCUUUGCACCUGCAUUUUCAUUUAAGUGAUGCUGAUUCACUUUUUAAGGCAAA